GUAGUAAAUGAAAAAUCGGGGGAUGACGCCAUGCAUCGCGUGGACGUAAUACUCGAUUACUCGUGCUGAUAUCGAAGUUUCAUGCGAUUCCUCGUUGAAUAUCGCUGAUCGAUUAGUGAGAUACCUACGUAAUCGUGCCAGUUUGGUGUUUUUGCGAACGUCGAAGCAUUCGAGUUUCUUCCCAGUUAGAAAAGUGCGUGUCAAAGUGGUUGCCGCACGAUCGUUCGUCCCGUACUUAUGUUUCGUUUCCACAUACACGUUGGGUAAUGUGUUUCCGCGAUACGUUGCUAUGUAGCACCGGCGUGAACGAUGCGGCGGCGUAUACCGCGGUCGCAUGUUAAAAGGAUGCCGCCUACGGGAGCGAUGAGAAUGGCGCGCAAAUGUUGCGUGCGUAACUGCGAGGCCGACGUGCAGGAUGCGCGUGCUAGAGGGUUGCCGCUACACAAAUUUCCGAAAGACACCGGCCUGAGGAACAAAUGGUUGGCCAGCGGCGGUUUCGACGAGAGCUUCAAGCCUUCGCCGGCCCAAUUUAUUUGUCACAGACAUUUUAAACGAGCCGAUUACGAAGCCGCUAAAGGACAGAAAUUACUUCUGCGUAAAGGCAGCGUUCCCUCGGUGUUUUCCAACUACGAUAAUCAUCCCGAUCCUGUAAUUAUGUCUGUGAAAUCGUCAACUUCGUAUGCUCAAGAAGAUUUAGAUCUUAUCAAUUCUGAGAUUUUAAACUUGGAACAAUCUGUACCUCAGUUAAAUUCAGAUGCCAGAACACCAAAGUCUGAUAGCUGCGAGGAAACUUGUUCUUCUCGACCGGAAUCAUCAAUUGACUCCUUCAAUUUGUUGGAUUCAACAGACGUAGUCGACAAUGGAUGUAAAACUUCAAAUUCGAAAGAGACUGAAUCUACUGCGAAACAGGAGUCAGAGAUACAAGUAAAUACUGUGGCAGUACAAUUAGGAAUUGUCGAGUCUAAUGAUAUAAAACACACACAAAAGGAUUUAACUGUUAAAGAAGAAUUGAAAACUAUUAAAGUGGAAGAAAAAAAAGUGUUUGACAAACCAGAAGAAUUGAAGCCAAAAAUUUUUAAUAGAGGCGGAUUGAAAUUUUUUCCUGGAGCCAAAUUAGAAGCAAAGGAUUUCAAUGAAAAAUGGUAUACAGCAAAGAUCGUUGAAACUGAUUGGGAUGAAAGGGAAGUGCUGAUACGUUUCGACAAAUGGAGUACGAGAUUUGAUGAAUGGAUACCUAUGGAUAGUUCUAGAUUGCGUGUAUUGCAAACACAAUCAAACGAACAAAUCUGGAAUGUGCCAUCUCCGGAAGCAAAAAUGAAAGACUUUUCAGUGGGAGAAAGGAUACUUGCUACGUGGGCCGACGGCAGAAAGUACCCAGCGAAAGUGAAUGCCGUGUUGGGAAACGAUAGGUACGAUGUUCUGUUUGAUGAUGGAUACGCGAAGACUAUUAAAUCGUCGAAAAUGACAAAAAUCGCUAAUACAUCGACAAAGCAAUCUAGUCAAAACGAAGAUUACAUAGGAAGCAAACAGGAAAGGAGAGACAAGAAAAGGAAGCAUACAGUAAUGGAGUUGUUUCAUACGCAUUCUAGAAAACGUUCAAAAAAUGAUGCAGAUAAAUCAGCAAAAAAGGAAGCAGCCCCAGUUAAUGAUAAUGGAGACUAUUUCUCAUUGUCAGAUAAUAAAAUCGAUUUGGAUGGUACCAUGUUUGGAGCUUGUUAUGAUCCAGGCACAGAUUUGUUAAGGGGAUUUGAUACUAACGUAUCGAAAAUGAAAACUUUACCUAAGAAGAAUAAAAAAGAGAUACCUAAGGUCGAGGUAGAUCAGUCAGAUGAUGUGGGACCUGAAUGGAUAGAUGGAGAGCCUCAGGGGACCGAAUCUUACAUAGUAGAUGGGAAUGAUGGACCACGUCGUUCGAUAAUAGUUGAAGAUAAACGAUUACCACCCGGAUGGCAGAAGCAUUUUACUCAAAGAAAAGCUGGUACCUCUGCUGGAAAGUGGGACGUCUUAUUUCUUCAUAAAUCGACUGGGAAGAAAUUUAGAUCUAGAAACGAUAUUAGGGUGUUCAUGGAAAAUCAGGGUCAGUUCGAUUUCGAUCCUGAGAAAUUCGAUUUUUGUAUUCAUCGAAAAAAGAGAAAUCAAAACCAAAAAGUAAAACAAGAAGUUGUCGCUGAAACCCCCAAAAAGAUCAAGACUUUAUUACCUAAAUCGAAGGCAACACCAAUAACUGAUAAUUCAUUGGCAAUUCCUCCCAAUAUACCUGUUACAACUUUAGUCUCUUCUUCGACUACGUCGAUUACAGAUGGUGGAGUAAUAUAUUCUGUUUUUAUCGGUGGACUUCGAGUAGAAAUGGAGGAUAGCGCUUAUAAAUGUCCGAAAGAGGGAUGUAAUAAAACAUUUAGGAAGGAAAACCUUUUGCAGAUGCAUAUAAAACACUAUCAUCCAGAGUACUCGAAAUUUUUGGGGUCCACACCGAAUGUUGCUGAUCUGGCUUAUGCGAGGACGAUCGGAGAGUCGGUCGAAGAUAUUAUACCGAAAAAAUCGAAUAAUCUGUUAGAAAAAUGUAACAAACUUGGCAAAAGAAAAUCUAUUCAAGAUAAAUUAUAUGCUUCAUCGCCCUCGGUGGCGAGUACUACUGCGCCUGUGUCGCCGACAAUAGUUGGACCGGUAGUAGAGACAGAGGACGAAGUGGACCAAAUAGAAAGAUGCAACGAUGUACAAACAGAAGACAUCAGGAUGGAUAGAAUGUCUCCAACUUCUAGUCACAGUUUAGAUAUGGACGAUGAAACUGAUAAAAAACGAGACGACACGUGUGCUAUGUCGCCUAGUACGUUAUUCGAUAUGAAAGUCAGAGAAGAAAAAACGCAAAGCGGCAUUAAAACUCUUCUCCCAGUGAGACCAGCUGUAGCUUCAGAUGCACAGAGAAUCGACAGAUCAAAAUCUCUGGAUGAAACUCAUAUUGAUAAAAUGAAAGGCCAAAGGAAACGACAGUUAUCAGAAUAUAGCUCUGAUUUGUUAAACAGGAGUAAGAAAAGACACGGCAUUCAAGAAUAUACUGAUGAAUAUGGUGAUAUGGAUGAUAGUGGUAUGGACACGGAAGGUCCUACUACGCUCAUGUACAGAUAUAGUCGCAGAAAAUCAGAUUCAAGAAGUGAUGAAAACAGUCAGAGUAGUCAACUAAACGAUUCUCGUGUUGAAAAAGAUGAUCCCUUGAAAGGGGAUGGUAAAAAAGAUACAGUUGACGGGGAAGAUAAUGAAGGUGUAAUGAUGAUGAUUAAUGGCGAAAUGGUAAAAGUGGAACAGCUUCGUAGAGAAGAGAUAAUCAAUUGCACUUGUGGAUACAUGGAGGAAGAUGGUUUAAUGAUACAAUGUGAUCUUUGUCUGUGUUGGCAACACGGUCAUUGCAACGCAAUAGAAAGAGAAAAGGAUGUACCUGAAAAAUACGUUUGCUACAUUUGUCGGAAUCCGUAUCGGCAACGACAAUCCAAAAAGUAUUUCCAUGAUCAAGAUUGGAUAAAAGAAGGAAAACUGCCAACAUUGCCCAAUCGAACGAAAAAUCAGCAUCGAGUUAACGAAAGGACAGCCAUGUUAAAGCGUUCUUACGAUUUGAUUGCUGCUCUUCUACACAUACAACAAGUUUUGCACAGUUUACGAGUGAAGAUUAAUGUCGCACAAAAAAAGGAUCAUCCAAAAUUAUACCUUUGGGCCAAAAAUUGGGAGAAGAUUGAAGUAUUAAAACCAAGUACAUCGCCAGUACCAAUCAUGGAAGUCGCGAAAUCGGGAAAAGAUUUUGUGGAUAUACCUAGCGAUGUCGACAUAAAGUUAGAAACAAAAUUCACUUUGAAAGAUGAUCCUGAUGAAAAAUCGAUAGCGUCGGAUUCGGAACUAAUGAAAAUAUUAGAAGAAGAUAACGCAGCUAUGGAUGAAUCGAAAGUUACACCUAAGAAAGAAGAACUUGAACCUCAAAGUAAGAGUCACAUUCUUCUCGAUGCCCUUGCAAAGAAUGAUACCUCUGAAGGGAAGUUGAAAAAUUCAUUACCUUCAGAGGUGAAAAUGGAUACAGGUCUGUUGACUAACGAAAGUAACGUGUCUGAAAAUAAUGUAUCGACGUCGACGAAUCAUGAAGAAAUGAAUGAUAAUGAAUUGUCGACACCAUUGCAACCCUUUAUACCGCAACCAGAAGCGCCGAUUGACCCAGGAGAAUGCCGGAUGAGAUUGUUAGAACACAUAGAAGAUUUUCAAAAUCAUAUAGACGCAAGAUUGACAUAUAUCGAGGCACAAGUUUGUGCAUUGGAAACUAUGGAUCCUGAAGAUUUACCUACCUCAGAUGUUCAGCCUCGAACUAAACAAACGAUUCAGAUGCUUCUCCGUGAUUUAAAUACAGUUCGAAAACUAGCUGCUUUAUGUUGAGUACAAAUUACAUAGUUAAAAAAUCUGUUUAAAUAAAAUCUAAUUUACGUUUGUAAAAAUUCUUACGCAAGUCCCAGCGUUGCUUUCAUGAUCUUGAUUGCUGCUGAAGGGAUCUUAUACUUCUACUAAGGCCUGUAAUCAGAAAUAUCAGGUGAUUGUUUUAUAUUGUAUAUAUUAUAAAUAUAUAAAAAUUUCAAGAUA